AUGCCGGUUUCAAAAGCAUUGUCUUGUAUGAAAAAACUUCUUCUAAGCCUUUUAAAUCAAUAUGGAAGAGAGAAGAAUGUUGGCUCACAAUUUCGUUCAGUUGUCGAAAAAAUAAGAAUUCCAAGUGUAAAAUAUAUUGCAUUUGACUUUCAUCGGCAUUGUCAGUCGUUAAACUGGAAAAGAUUAUCCUAUUUAAAAGAAGAAAUUAUGCCUGAUAUUCGACAAUUUGGAUUUUUCUCAACUCAUUUAUCAAUACAAGGUGAUUUUUGGAUUGAGGCUAAUCCAGAAAAUAGGCAAUAUCAAAAUGGUUUUAUACGUACAAAUUGCAUGGAUUUUCAACUUCAAUAUUUUGGUAUUAUAAAUGAAUCAGUUUUUAAUUUUGAUGCUUGGCCAGAAUUUGUUUAUACGUUUAAAAAUUUAUGGGCAGAUAAUGGUGAUAUUUGUAGUAAACAAUAUGCUGGGACUGGGGCUUUAAAGACUGAUUAUACACGCGUUGGAAAACGAACUUUUGGUGGAAUGGUUAAUGAUUUGAAUAAUUCUUUGACUCGUUAUUUUAAAAAUAAUUUUACGGAUGGUUAUAGACAGGAUGCCCUAAAUUUAUUUUUGCUCAACUAUACAGUCGACAGAAAUAGUUUACCUGAGAGAGCAGAUCAUUCAAUAAUUAAUUUUGACAGUAACGGAGCGGCAAUUGCUGGAGCAAUAUUUUCUGUGACUAUGACACUUUUAUGUAUUUUGAUCUCAGAUAAUAUAAGUGCUUCAUUCUUUUGGUUUGUAAUAUUUAUUUUAUUUAUGGGCUUUAUUUGGGUUAAUGGAGAUGAUUUUGUUGAUAAUCCAUUGCUUAUACCGACGUCAGAAAAAAUUGGAAAAAAGGAUUAA